CUUUGAGCAACUUACACUUGCUUUUGACAGUUGGUGGUUGAGUUUGAAAACCGGUAAAAAGUGAACGAAAAUGAGAAAUUUGGAAGAUUUCCCGGUUCCCAUCGACGGCGAGGUGACUUUAUGUGAGAUAAACGGCCGAAUGCAAUGCAUGAAUCACGAAUUUGCCAACGUUUCAACCUUCACGACUGCUGUUGACAAACACCCGAAGGUGCACAUAACUCGUGAUUUGCUGCAUCUGCCGAACUUGGGGGACGAGGGUCGGGCGUUGUUUUUGCCGACUGAUGUGCCGUUUUUGAAACAACUCACACAGGUGUACGCUGAGCAGGGCUUGAAGGAAGUUUUACAUACCGCCACUUUGCAUCAACAUUUGUUAAUAUCACAGAGCGCCCGCUUUUUGUUGGCAGUCUGGCGGUAUUUGCGUAAGGCGAGGUUGAUUCUAAACCCGAGUUUGGAGUACCACAGUUGUGAAUUGAUAGAUGAGUUGAGCCAAACGAGAAAUUGGGCUAAUAACACGAUCAAAUGCAUUGCGUGGCAUUUGCACAAUUCGCGACUAGCUGUGGCGACGUGUGACGACAGCGUUAGAAUUUACUGUAAUGAUAGUAGUUUUGUUCCCUUGCUGAGGUGUAAGCAGCAAAGGAAUGUGACGUGUUUGGCCUGGAGGCCCAUGUCUUUGACGGAAAUUGCAGUAGGGCAUGAAAAUGGCAUUAUAAUAUGGCACGUUGAUUUCAACUCAUUGGUGACUAGGCCUUCAGUAAGCAACAGUAUUAUGUUACAAAGGGUGGACCACAAACCCGUCAUGAGUCUAGCCUGGAGCCCCCGAGGCAAUCUCUUAGUCAGUGCCGCAGCCCUGGACUCAAACAUCCUCGUCUGGGACGUUGAAUUGAACAAAACCAGUGUUUUGAAAGGUUCCAGAGACUCGGGAAAUAUUCUACUGAAAUGGUCUCCAGCCAAAGACAAAUUAUUGAGUGUUUCGAACGGAAUCGUAUUUAGGAUUUGGGAUUGCCAGCACUGGGAAAACGAGCGUUGGACGGUGCCUUCAGGCCGCGUCCAAGCAGCUUGUUGGACGAGUUGUGGCACAAGUUUGCUCUUUGCCACAAGUACAGAGCCAGUUAUUUAUGGACUGAACAUGAAAAGUGACCAUGUGUUUAGCAGCAAUUCCGAGAGUUCUAUUGACCACGCUGUGCCUUUAUUUGACCUCUCUAAAAUUGAUUUGGAGGGAAUUGCAGUUGGCGGGAUUGUUCAGUCAAUGGAAGCUGAUCCAAAAGGAAACCACUUGGCUGUGUUUUUUAAAGAUACGAGUUGUGUUGCGCUUUUUAGUGUAAUAAAGUCGCCACUACUCCAGCUAAUACCAAGCUCGUUGAUUGUCGGUUUGGCUGCUGAGGUGCCAAGUACAAUAGCGUUUCAAUAUAAUUUCAAACCUGGAGCUUGUCUGUCCAUUGCCUGGUCUAGUGGACACCUCCAACACUUCCCAAUUAUUUACACUGAUUUGACCAAUGACUUCAAUGCAAGCCAGUAUGUCCAGUCUCAAAUCAGGUCUUUAAAUAACUCUAGAUAAUGUUUUCUAACGAAUUGUAUUUUUGUAAGAAUUAAAUAAAAUUUUAUCACUG